UUGAUCAACAGUUGAAGUAACUUUAGUUGUGUUUUCAAAGCAAACCAAGUUAAUGUAAAUGUGUUGAGUCUUCAUGUUUUAUGUUAAACAUUGUUUAUUGUGAUCCGUUUUGCCUUACCUAAUCAAUGGGAUUUAAUAUUGUUAUCCAAUAAACAGGACAAUAAAGUUAUCAAAAUUAAAGUUACUUCAAGUUGUUAAUUACAAUAAACGCCAUUUUGCUUGGAUUCAUUUGCUUCUUUCAUGUUUCCAUCUUGUUAUUUGUUAAUGUGUCGACUUAACAUGUUAACACAUGAGUGUAUCUAGUAGGCACAUAAUUAAGUUGACCUACUCCUUUCGUCCAUCAUUUACUCAGUUCGUUGAUAAACCGUGUAAAUAUUGAAGCCGACUAUGGCAACUGCAAAAGGAUUACUUAAUAUGCCAGGUCAAAACAAUUGUUUCCUCAACAGCGCUAUUCAAGUUCUCUGGCAUUUGGAUAUAUUUCGACGUAGUUUUCGAGAAUUAUCAGGACAUGCUUGCAUGGGCUCAGAAUCUUGCAUAUUUUGUGCCUUGAAAGAGUUGUUUACUCAAUUUCAAUACAGUCAAGAAUCGGCUCUUCCUCCAGAUUCCCUUCGUAAAGCACUGGCUGAGACAUUUUCUGACCAAAGACGUUUCCAGUUAGGCUUUAUGGAUGAUGCAGCUGAAUGCUUUGAAAAUAUAUUACUUCGUAUUCAUGAUCACAUUGCUCACGAUGAACCAGAAGAUGGAUGUCGGGCACCUCACUGUAUAUCUCAUGAAAAGUUUGCCAUGAAUCUGGUUGAACAAGUGAGUUGUUCAUCUUGUGGAUACACCAGUGAACCUCAUCCAUUCACCCAGUUGGUCAACUAUGUUUCAAGUCCUGCCUUGUGUGUGCAAGCCAAAAAACUGGCCACUUGUCCACCAGUCAACCCUCGACUCUCAACUUUUGGAUCAUUAUUGAGAUCAGGUGAAGCUUAUGGAAAUAUCCGUGACUGUCCAAGUGGCUGUGGUUCCAAAAUACAGAUAAGGAAAACAUUAGUUAACCAGCCAGACAUUGUUUCCGUUGGUUUGGUUUGGGACUCUGAAAGGCCGUCAUUAAAUCAAAUUACACAAAUUUUCUCCAUCAUUGAGACACAACUUAACCUGGAAGACGUUUUUGAUGGCUUUGGGCCAAUCAACAAGUCUAGAUCGGCAGUUUCAGUAUCAACCGGUCUUGGUGGCUGUUUACCUUUACAACAACAACAACAACUAUCAGCAUCAUCAUCAAUCCUGGAACUGGUUGGACUUGUAACUUAUUAUGGUAAACAUUAUUCAACCUUUUUUUAUCACACCAGCCUUUCCUGUUGGAUAUAUUUUGAUGAUGCUGCUGUCCGUGAGAUUGGACCUCAUUGGGAUCAGGUUGUUGAUAAAUGUAUCAAAGGUCAUUUCCAACCUUUACUUCUUCUUUAUGCUAAUCCCCAUGGAAAUGCCAUAAAUGCGGCCACAGCACCUCAAUCGAUAAUAAGAGUUGCCAAUCCUCCAGGAAAUAAAUCAAUGGUCAAUCGAUCCAAUGGUUAUCAUCCUCACCUACUUCACCGAUCCAAUCCAAUGUCUCACAAGUUACCAAAUAUCAUGCCAUUAUCUUCAUCUUAUUCAACGUAUCUUGGCUCAGGAUCAACCAAUUUCCCCUCUAGACCCAAUCGACCCUUGUCUUUACUUUCUUUGCCAAAUCAACCCAUUCGACAAAAUGUACCUUCAUUGACAACUGCUUCAUCAUCCACAUCUUUACACUCUUAUCAACGAUCUCAUGGAGGAGGCAACAUUUAUGGAACCAUGAGGUUACCACCUAAACGUAACAACAUUGCCACUAGACCAGGUUCAAUGGACGAUUUGCUCAAUCACUAUGGUUCAGCUUCUGAUGAUGUGCCAGACUCACCAUUAACACGAUCUUCCUUUUCAUCAACCUGCUUUUCGGAUGCUUGUGACACCGAUUCCGGGUACAUUUCACGAAAAACUGUUGAAAGUAUAUUGUCCAUGCAGAAGCAGGCUAAAAACCAACAACCGGUUGAUGUUGACUCUCUUUAUUCAUCUUAUAAAGGUCAACAGCGUAAUAGUGUCAGCUCGAUAGAUUCAUAUUCAACUGAGCUUAGUUUACCUAAAAGAUCGUAUGAAGACAAGUUUUUGCUCUCAGCAAAAGCUUGUUCCCUUCAACGAAGAGACUCGGGCAAUUCAUCCAAUGGUUCAGGAGAUCGAAUGUCUGCUUCAUCCAUUUCAUCAAUCACAUCUCGUGAAGAUAAUCCUUACCUCUUUAACCAAUUUGUCCGCUCAAAAACAACUGCUAGCGGUCGCUUCCUUCAACCAGCUCCACCAUCUCAAUCCUCUUCCUCGUCUACAUCAUCAACUUCAUCCUCUUCUGGUGAUCACUCUCGGUUGCACAAGAAAUCAGCUUCAACCAUAGACCAAGGCUAUGAUUCAUUUUCAUUAUCAAGUAGUGAUAGUUACCCAUCGAUGGGUCAAACAACACCAACCAAACAGUCCAGCGGAUAUUUUACUGGUAACUCUCGUUUAACCCAAAUUCCAGAGGAUGUUCAGCUAAUGGGCUUAAUGGCCUCCAAUGGAUCUGCUUUGCAAGAUUGUGAUCAACUUUGUAGCCAAUCUGAUGUACUGAUGAUGAAGUCAAUUGAAAAGGAGCGUGAAGGCGAUCUCAUUGCAGCAGCAGUUCUCAGUGAUUCAGCGGCACAUAAAGCAAGGUUUGCUAUGGCAGCUCCAUAUAGCAACCCACAAAUGCUUGUUUCCGCCAAAAUGAAACACAGCAUUUGUGUGAUGAGAUCAGCUAAUCUUCAUAAGCGAAUCAAGGAGAAAGAAGCUGAAGAGAAACGUCGCGCCAAAAUGGAGUCAAUCGGUGAGGUUUCAGGACACAGUCGCCAAGGAAGCCGUGAUUCUCUCCAUAGUCGUCAUAGUCGACAAAAUUCAAGAGACGGUUCAGUUAAAGAGAUGAAGAAGGAAAAUAAAGAAAAUGCGAGAAAAUCUUUAAUCAUCAACAGCAACACUAGUAAUAAUAAUGUCAAUAGUAACAAUGUUAAUAAUAUUAACAAUUCAAAUUAUGUUAAUAUCAAUAGUAUUAGUAAUGUUAAUAGCAAUAAUAGUGGUGGUAAUUUCACUGGUAAUAGGAAAACGAUUCAAUUGUAUGCUACGUUGCCAAAGAAGAGCUGCAAGAAAAAGUUAACUAUAACCAAUCCGAUACCAAUUAACGAUGAACCUAGGCAAUCAUCAAACAAUCCUCCAUCUUUACCGGAAAAAUCAAUUUCUGUUAAUCAAAUGAUUAAACGAUCAGAUAAAUCGAGUGAUAUAAAGAGUGAUGCUGAAAGUAGCCUUUCAUCUAUGGGUUCAAUUAUGAGGAUAGCACGUCCAAGACCCAAAGAAAGCCUUAAAACAUUGUCUGUAUAUUCAAUGAAAGAUUCAGAUUUAAGUGAUAACUAUUAUAGUGAAUGGGAAGCGGUUAAAGGAACCAGUAGAGAACCAUUGAAACGAAGUUUCUCAGGAUCGACAACAGGAAUAGGAAAUGGUAUUCCAUUAACUCCUCCGUCCAAAUCGCUGUUGUCCUCUUCAGCAUCGGUAAAAUCUGUAGAUACUGAUAUCUAUAGUGAAACCAGUAUUGGUGAUCUCACCUCUGAAUCUUCUAGCAACAAAAAGCAUAAAAUACGUAGGAAAUUAUUAAUUGGAAGCUUUAUGAAGCGCAAAAAUCGUAGUCUUCCCGAUUUACGAGAAAACAUAAAACCAGACUCGGAUAGAGCGUCUGAAGCUGAUGCAGUGAAAAAAUCUUCUGGUGAUGAUUCAACCAUUAGCCAACCCAAAACGGUUGCCAAAGUUAGUAAAAAAGGUUUCCACCAAGGAAUGGGCAUUUACCAGCGUCCAUGCCUAUUGAAGGUUAACCCACCUUUACUGGAAACAUCUAAAUUGGAUGUUUCCUCUUCAUCAUCAUCCUUAAAAUCACCAAUAACUGCAAACAAUCCAAUUAAACUAACCCUUGCUCAUCAGCAAAAUAGAGGUGAAACCCAAGGAAAUCAAUUAUUGUCAUCCAAUGUUAAUCAAAUUCAAAAGCAUUUGAUACCCCGUCCACCGACUCCACCUCGUCCUAAAUGCUCAGAGGAAAUGUCAUCCGGAGGUUUGUCAAUAAAGGCCAAUACCGGAGCAAAUAAUGUUACAAUUAAAAGCAUAAAUAAUACAAUUACCAAGCCAAUAUUAAAAUCACCUUCGCCACUUCCUCCGCCACCGCCUGUAGAUGAAGUUGACUGUUGUAUGAUUAAACCAGGUUCACCAUCUCAGGGAAUUGAACCAAAUGAAGAUCUUCCUCCACCACCUGAAAGCUUCCUCCAAGAAUUGAGGGAAAAGCGAAAUGAAAUGUCAAGUGAAUCUCUUUUGGCGCGUUUAACCAGCGAAAGACUGGCUUCUUCCCGAGACUCGAUUGUUUCAUUUAGUGAAACAUCUUCAAUCAGAGUUCCUCCAGAGUCAGUUCAAUCUUCAGUUAACCCACCAUCACAACCAAGAUCUGAUUACGAUUGUGUAGAUUCUUCUUCUUUAACCAUUUCCAAGACAAAAAGUGAUUCUCUUAGCUCAAAUCUUAUUAAACCAUCUUCUAUCAGAUCAUCGGGUUCACCUUCAGUCAAAGAUUUAGCUUCCCGCUUCCAAAAAUUGUCUACCUUGCCUUUAACCUCAUCUACAUCAUUAAAACCUGGACCAACUUCAACAAACAAUAACAAUUGCAACAAUAGCGCAAUAAUUAAUAAUAACAAUACAACAAACCAGCGUAACUCUUCAUCAUUAUCAUCCACUUCAUCUGUAUCGUACAAAGCAAAUUCAAAUAGUGAUAAAUUUUCUUGCUCAUCUUCUUUGUCAUCGUCUUCCCAGUCACAGGCAGCUCAGUCAACCAUUUCAUCGUCAACACCGACAACCGUUAGUCCCUCACCACAGCCAUCUCAAACAACGGUCUCACCAAAUAAUACAUUAACCAGCCCAUCAUCACUACGACAAGGGCUUCGUGUUGUAACUUUACUGGGAUCAACUAUGCGAAACAAUUUAGAAAGUCAAUCUCAAAUAUCUUCCAAUAACAAUAAUAGCCAAAAAUUAUCUCAAUUAUCAACAACAAAUAAUGCUAGUACAGACAUUCAUGGGUCUAGUCGCCCAGAUAGACCUCCAGAUUACCAAACCGCAAUUAAACGUUUAUCAUUAAUGAAAGAUUUCAAGAGGCUUUCAACUUCCCCUUCACCGUCCACAGUCCUUCCAACUGUCAACGGUAAUAACAGUUUAUCCGACCAUAAUCUUUCAGCAUCUCCAGCAACAGUCACCAAUUGUUCACCAGCUUUAUUAAUUAACUCCAAAGUCACCCCAUUGAUUCGUCCAACCCCAAUCAACCCCGCACCCAUAACAUCCGCCGGUCGGAUAGCACACUCUCCAAGUCAUCUUCAAGCCCCUUCACCAUCUCCUUCAACUAGUUCAACAGUUAUGUCAACAGUAACGGAAAGUCAAUCGUUAAAUUGUUCUAAUCACAAGAUUAAUCCAAUUAAAGUGGAUGAAAUAGCUAACCGGCGGAAGGACACGACGCCUAAAAAGAGUGUCUCCUUUUCCGAUCAAGUGGUCCUCGUAGCUCCUGCUGAGGAUGACGAUGAAGAGUACCUGCCAAACCCACUUCUUCAAAGAGUUUUAGGAGGAGGAAAAGCUAUAGCACAACCAAGCCCUGCUUAA